ACUGCGGAGGGAUAUCGGGAUUGGGCUCUUUCUCUCUCUCCAGCAUCCAGACACCAAACUGUAGUGUCUUGGCUGGGCGCAUUGAUCGGGUCUGCUUGCUGGGGGUGUGCUUAGGCUCAGGCUGUCACUCACAGUGUGAUCAGUGGCUGCACACAGCUUACAGAGCAGCUGGCAACCCACUCCAAAAAAUAAUUCCUUGCAAAAUCCAGGCAGCACCUCAAGAACUUAAACCUGCAUCGUUGGUUCAGUGACAGCAUUUGCAGCAAGGGGGAUUUAAAAAGAGAGGGAGAGAGGAAAAAAAAGGUUCAUGGUCAUCUUUGGACCCUCUGCUACAAACAGGAGAAAUUCCAUUACAAUGCUGCACAUUAAGGAUCUCAUCUGGACUUUAUAUUUCAUAGGAGCUGCAGUGGCUUUGGAAGUGACCAUUGUUCCAGAUCAAGGAGAAAUAAGCCUCGGGGAGUCCAAAUUCUUCCUGUGUCAAGUAAGCGGAGAAGCCACUGACAUUUCUUGGUAUUCUCCAACUGGCGAGAAGCUCCUCAACCAGCAGCAAAUCUCCGUGGUGAAAAACGAUGAAUAUACUUCCACACUCACCAUCUACAAUGUCAGCAGCCAAGAUGCUGGCAUCUAUAAAUGUGUAGCUUCCAGCGAGACAGAGGGAGAAUCUGAAGGCACCGUCAAUCUUAAGAUUUAUCAGAAAUUGACCUUUAAAUAUGCCCCUACCCCUCAGGAGUUUACAGAGGGAGAAGAUGCAGUCAUUAUUUGUGAUGUCUCAAGCUCCAUUCCUUCAAUCAUCACUUGGCGACAUAAAGGCAAAGAUGUUAUUUUCAAAAAAGAUGUCCGGUUUGUUGUCUUGGCCAACAAUUACCUGCAAAUCAGGGGAAUUAAGAAAACAGAUGAAGGAAAUUAUCGCUGCGAAGGGCGAAUAUUGGCACGUGGAGAGAUCAACUAUAAGGACAUCCAGGUUAUAGUAAAUGUUCCUCCACUAAUUCAGGCUCGGCAGAUAAGAGUGAAUGCCACUGCAAAUAUGGAUGAAUCCGUUGUCUUGAGCUGUGAUGCAGAUGGAUUCCCAGAUCCUGAAAUUAGCUGGCUAAAAAAAGGUGAACCAAUUGAGGAUGGAGAAGAAAAAAUCAGCUUUAAUGAAGAUAAAUCAGAAAUGACAAUCUAUCGCGUGGAGAAGGAGGAUGAAGCAGAAUAUUCCUGUAUUGCCAACAACCAGGCUGGCGAGGCUGAAGCCAUCGUACUUCUAAAAGUUUAUGCUAAACCAAAAAUCACCUAUGUGGAGAACAAAACUGCUGUGGAAUUAGAUGAGAUCACUCUGACAUGUGAGGCAUCUGGGGAUCCCAUUCCUAGUAUCACCUGGAGAACAGCCCAUCGCAAUAUCAGCAGUGAGGAAAAGGCUUCGUGGACACGGCCACUGAAACAAGAGACAUUGGAUGGACAUAUAGUAGUCAAGGAUCACAUCCGGAUGUCAGCUCUUACUCUGAAGGACAUCCAGUAUACUGAUGCUGGGGAGUACUUCUGCGUUGCUAGCAACCCAAUUGGUGUAGACAUGCAAGCCAUGUACUUUGAAGUUCAAUAUGCCCCAAAGAUCCGAGGACCAGUUGUGGUUUAUACUUGGGAAGGCAAUCCUGUUAACAUCACUUGUGAUGUUCUUGCCCAUCCUAGCGCUGCAGUUUCCUGGUUCAGAGAUGGGCAACUUCUGCCAAGCUCCAACUUCAGUAACAUCAAAAUAUACAAUGGUCCAACUUUUAGCAGUCUUGAGGUAAACCCUGAUUCAGAAAAUGACUUUGGGAACUACAACUGUUCAGCUGUUAACAGCAUUGGACAUGAGUCUUCUGAGUUCAUACUUGUUCAAGCAGACACCCCAUCCUCACCUGCCAUUCGUAAAGUGGAACCAUAUUCUAGCACUGUUAUGAUUGUGUUUGAUGAGCCAGAUGCCACUGGUGGUGUGCCUAUAUUGAAAUACAAAGCAGAAUGGAGAGUUGUAGGACAAGAGAAGUGGCAUGCCAGAUAUUAUGAUGCCAAAGAGGUGAGUGCAGAGAGCAUCAUUACAGUCACGGGUCUUAAGCCAGAAACGUCAUACAUGGUGAAGCUGUCAGCAGUUAAUGGCAAAGGACUGGGAGACAGCACACCUUCACAGGACUUCACUACUCAGCCAGUCAAUAUUUCAAAGCCACAAGGAGAACCUAGUGCUCCAAAACUGGUAGGGCAUUUGAGUGAAGAUGGAAACUCUAUAAAAGUGGACAUAAUCAAGCAGGAUGAUGGUGGCUCUCCUAUUAGACACUACUUGGUCAACUACAGAGCGUUAAAUGCUGUGGAUUGGAAACCAGAAAUGCGGGUACCUUCUAAUAGUCACCAUGUGACGCUCAAAACUCUGGAAUGGAAUGUAGAUUAUGAAGUUAUAGUGGUUGCCGAAAAUCAGCAAGGAAAAUCCAAGCAAGCUCGUUUAUCCUUCAGAACCACAGCCAAGCCCACAGCUACUACAGCCACCACAAGUGCCAGCACUGGUUUGGGAACAGGAGCUAUCGUUGGCAUACUUAUUGUUACUUUUGUUCUUCUACUGGUGGUUGUGGAUGUGACCUGCUUCUUCCUGAACAAGUGUGGCCUGCUUAUGUGCAUUGCUGUUAACUUCUGUGGGAAAGCCGGACCUGGUGCCAAAGGCAAAGACAUCGAGGAGGGGAAGGCAGCAUUUUCAAAAGACGAGUCUAAAGAGCCCAUUGUAGAGGUGCGAACAGAAGAAGAGAGAACCCCAAACCAUGACGGAAGCAAUCAGAUUGAGCCCAACGAGACCACUCCAUUAACAGAACCUGAGCACCCAGCUGAUACUACAGCUACUGUUGAGGACAUGCUACCUUCUGUCACCACCGUCACAACUAACUCUGAUACUAUUACAGAAACCUUUGCUACUGCGCAAAAUAGCCCCACCAGUGAGACCACCACUUUAACUUCUAGCACUGCCCCUCCACCAUCUACUGCUCCUGAUUCUAACACAGUGCAGUCUGUACAGGCUACUCCUUCCAAAGCAGAGGUACCUACUGCCUCUUCACCUCCACCAACUUCUUCCCCAAAAGUCGCCCCUCUUGUGGAUCUUAGUGACACACCUACUAACAAUCCAUCUAAAGCUGUAGCUAACCAAGCUGGGGCACUGAAUCCCAGUGUUCCUGCUAGUGCAGCUGAGCCUCCCAAAGCCAUCAUCAAACCUGUCACCACAGUUCCAGCAAAUACCACUAGCCCCCCACCUACUCCUGAGCCAAAGCAGGUAAAGCAGGAACAAUCAGGUACCAAAAGCCCAGAAAAAGAAUCAGCACAGCCCAGUACUGUGAAAAGUCCAACAGAGCCAACCAAGGAUGAGUCAGCUUCCCUCAGCAACACAAAACCCCUCCAGGGUGAGGACUUUCAAAUUGAUGGGGGGACCUUCAAGACUCCAGAAAUUGACCUUGCAAAGGAUGUUUUUGCAGCUCUUGGAACUGCUACUCCUGCCGCUGUGGCUAGUGGGAAAGCUUCUGAGCUGGUUUCUUCCACUGCAGACACCACUGUACCGCCUGAUUCCGCAAAGACCGAGAAGACCCAAGUAGAAGAAAACUCUAAGCCAGAGGAAACAGAUGUCAAGAGCACCCCAGCAGAAGUCAAAACAGUCCCCAACGAAGCCACUCAAACAAAUGUGAAUGAGAGCAAAGCAUGAUUUGUCCUUAGAGUUAGGGGGUGGGUGUUAUUGGGGAAUGGUCAGUGCAUACUAAAAAAAUAUGUCUGAAGAGCCUCAUGCUAGCCAUUUACAGAAUGAGGUACACACACUUCAUCAUUCCUCUCAAUCUUGGCCUUUGUUGUUAUUAUUUUAUUUUUUUAUGAAAACCAUUUUGUUUUUGUGAGAUUGUAGAAAGGGUUCAUCUAUUGUGCUAAUGCAUUAAAUAAAACAAAAGGGGGAAGUUAGAUCAAUAAAGCCCCAUGCAGCGCUAUCAGAAGGGCAACUAUGCACCACUGCAUUCUUUAGCGAAUAUUUACCAUCAUGAAGCCAGGUCGAAAACAUUACAUUGAACCGGUGUUACAACAUAUUCAUAUGCUACAUACGCAGAGGAAGUGUUUGUAUUUAAAACAUCUUCUUCAAGUGCAUCCACUUAGUAGGUAAAUAAAAAUUACGAGAAAGACAAAAAAGUUAUUCGUUGUUGUAUUUGUCUUGAAAGUUUGGGUGAUGGUGGGUUAUACGACUAGCCUGCAGUUCCUUGUCUCCAGAUGCAUUUCUCUUCUUUAAAUGUAACUGUUAAAGAGCAGAUGCUCCAUGUCUAGUAAAGAGAUUGAAGUAAACCUUUUAAAGAACGAUACAUUUAUGGGCUUUACCAUUUGAAAUGACUUGUCCCCAAUUAUUUGAUUUUUACUGUGGUAUGGAGCACUGAUGUGUAAGGAAGGAAGAAAUCCUCCACACAAAAUGCAUGUAUGCACUAAGAUUUUAAAAACUGGGGCUUUCUAAGCAUUGUAUUGCACAGAAUUGAUGUUAAACCUUUAACAUAAAUGCGUGGAAGACAGAUAAAAGACUAAUUAUGCUUUUAAAUAACAACACAGAGGCAGAUUUCAGUGCAGAACUAGAAGCAGCCACUUUGAAUUCUGUUCACAUUCUUGUGUUUGUAUGGGUACCUGAAUCAUUCCAGUUCACAAUAUUAUGAUUUACAAUUGCACUAUUCAUUCAUCUCAGAACUUGUGGAACUCCCUUGCGAGUCAUUUGUGUGUCCUACCAUAUGCUCCACCUCCUCCGAAUGUUUUUCUCUUUCUUUUUUUAUGCAGUAAUAUAAACUCAGAAUUCAUAGAUUAUGAGAACAUUCACACAUCAUCACUGUAUAAUUAGCUCUAUAUAUUUUUUUGUUAAAAAGUGUAAAGGAAAAAAAGGCUGAUACCUGCCAGCAGUACCAUUCAUAUUAAAUGUAGGAAGCCCAGGCAGUUUUUCUCUGCUGGGGAAAUAUGGCAGUAGAGAAAACCAUUGGUGUACCAUGUGCCUAAGGAUAUUAACCUACCAUGAGAAAAAGCAUUUCCUAUUUUGAAUGAUAUUCAUGGCCACAAGACUGGGAUUAUAAAUGAAGAAUACAUAGUUAUGUAGCAGGAGUGGGGUUGUUUAUCAGCUAGAAUUGAUGUCAGAGAAGAUUCAAACUCUAGAUUCAUUAUCGUGGAGUGUUUGUCAAAACUGGUGUAGAGUAACUAAAAACAUCUCAAUUUCUGUAAAUCCAGUACAACGUCAACUUUAUUCACCUCGGAGUAAAAGACCAUAUUUGCCAAAUUCUCAAGAACCUUUGCAAAUGAUACCUUGUGUGUUUCGUAGAAACUGGCAUAACAGUUUAUAUUUCAUAGAACCACAUUUAACCGGCGCUCUUUAGGAAAGAUACUCAGCAUUAGGUUAGUGUAGUAAUUGUGUUUGUACUCGACGCCUUCACAUGUAAGAACCAAUCGCACUUUGUUUUCCUACCUCCAGUUUAUAAUAUCCACAGUAAAAACGUAGUUAUUUUUUAAUUUUGAUCACAUGUAACAAGUACCCUUCUGUACCCUGUAACCUUUUUAGGCACCAGAAACAAGUGUCACAGUUAAGGCAAUAUGGCAUCCGUUCCUUUUCUGGCAUGUCAGUUCAUUACAGGCAAUUCUCCCUCCUGUUAUACACUACCACUUGUUUGGCUCUAACACCAUUUAUUAACACAUACUGCAACUACAUACACAGUAACUGUGCCAGGCAAACAUGUCCUACCCACAACCAGCAAGAAAAUAACCAAUGGGUCUGUGCAUUUUACAUUUUAGAUUGCCAAAUGACAUUGAAUAUUGCAGCUAUUUCUUUGAUUUAGUAUUAUUGACAUGUACAUUUUAUUACUUUUUUUAUUAUUCCGUUUUUUUGGUAAUUUUUUCCCCCUUUUUGUAAUUUUGUUUGCUUAUUUUUGUCUUGUUUUUCAGGAGGGCUUGUGUAACUUUUUUGUCUUAUAAUUACUAGACAUGGUAUAUAUAUAUGUAAAAAUGUACUUUAUUAUUGGCAUGCAUGAUUUGCUGUGAGAUGUUUUGAGGGAAAAGUGGAAGGUGACACUUGUUUGAUCCUGAUUAAGUUCCUAUGAUACUGUCAGAUUACAGACGUGUAGCUUAAUACAGUUGAACACCCUCUGCAUUUAACCUGGAUUCAGGUAUCUAAUCAGGGAAUCAUCCAUUUGAGACUGAAAUAAAUCCCCCAACAUUUAUCGGCUGUUUCUGGUCUUCUAUCUUAUUUAUUGUACAUUUUGAUGGACAAUGGUCUGCUAUUCAGCACAUUUUUGGGUUGCUCCAUGCUAAAUAAUUUGCACCUCUUUAAUGAAGUUGAUAUUAUGUUCCAUUUGUUACUUUCUUCGCUUGGGCUUCAUGUAGAAGUGAGUUUAUUUUUUUUGCUUUGUUAUUUGAUUAGGUACAGAAGUGGUUUCCAAUAUCCCUCCAUCUUGCAAGGCUCUAGCAAGCUUUGAAACGUCUUCAUAAAUUCAUAAAGCAAGCUUUGAAACUUCUGUGUAAAAAUAUCUGCCUCCUGAAAUGAAAUAUACACAUUUUUUUGUAAAUGAA